CAUACCAAAAAUCAAUUUGAUAAUUACGUCUUUUGACACGAAAAAUGAGAGUGUAACUAAAAGAAAGUUAUCUUUCAGUAAUUUUAUGAAUAAAUGGGAAGAUCAUUCUAUAAGGAUUAAUCGUUCAAUCAUGAAUGAUAAAUUGAAAGAAUUUGAUAAGAGGAAAAAGCAGGAAGUGCUAGCUAUUCAAUAUGUGCUUAUGAUUUAG